UGUAGCGGCUAACACUCAGAACUACAAUACACGACGGUACUGAGCCAGUCUCCUUUUGGGGAAGCCGCCCUUUGUCUCCGAGUAACCCUCCGUGAGGUCGCAUCAUGUCACCAGGUCAAGGGUCGGUGCGAGCAGCGGAAAAGCUACACGCGGCUUGCGAUGAGUGCAGGAUACGAAAACUGAAAUGCUCUGGUAACACGCCAAAAUGUCUUCGUUGCACAAGAGAACAGAUAGGUUGCGUUUACUCGCCUCAGAAACAGAUGGGCAGACCUAGGAAGAGGAGGAGAGAAGGCAAGGCAGACGAAUCUGCCACAUUUAUCCAAGGGCAGGAUGAAAACACCAACAUUUUAACCAGUUUUUCUGAGAUGCAAAACUGUUCUACUUUUGAUGGCUUAAUUUCCCCACCGCUCCUUCAAGAUACCUACUCGUCAAACGAGUCAUCAGGACAUGAAGCUUUGACGCCAGGGCAAUUCGACCUCAGUCUCCCUGACCCGUUGGGAAUAUCACCUGGAUCCAAUUUCACGUCUCAUUUGGAGCCGGCAAUUGACCCAUCAUUGUGGGAACUGCAACCUGAUACGUUAACCAACAACAUCAAUGAACCUCUAUCAAACCAACAGAUUGUAGGGCCAUGUACCUGUAUCACAACAACGUGGAUGGUACUUACUGAGCUACAAGCUGUCACAGUCUUCGACUUUCCCCAAGUAGUCAUACCCUUGAGAAAUGCCAUGUCUGCAUUGGCCAACAUAAUCAGCUGUCCACAGUGUCCCAAGGAGCCCUUCAGCGCAAUACAGAAUGUCCAAUCCAUAGUUUCUUUGAUGAAAGCAAUAAUCCAACGCUUCAACAGGGUACUGUUAGAAGUCGAUCGCGAAGCUGCUCGCCUGGAAGAAGCCGGUCAGAAAAAGCCAUACCGGAUUGGUGACAAUAACCCUGCCUUAUCCCACCUACAUACUGGAAAUUCAGACUGCCCGAUGGGCUUCAAUAUUGAAUUGGAACCCGAGGACUGGCGGCGUCUAGUCAAGACUGCGCUCAAGGCAGAAGUGUACGGAAGCGGAAGCAAUCCAUGGCCACUGCUAGGCCUAGUGAAGAAGAGCGAAAUGAGACAAGAGGAGUGGCACAAUGACCGACAUUCUUGGGUUGAUGAGAUGAUACAGUUACAUGGUGGAAGAGAAGAGUGCCAUGUUUCACAAGGCUGUGAGGCUUUGGGGGCGCAACAUAUCCGGAGAGCGAUUGAUAAUCUCAAAUGGGACUGAUUAGAGACUGGACAUGAGUGCAACUGAUGGGUGGCACGGAACGACACUGCUCUUAGAUUUUUCAGACUUCGUCAACUUCAAAACUCCACCAUUAUGACUUGCGUACUAAUUGUCAAACUUGUGGUGAAUGAAGCUAACCGUACUGGCUAUCACUCGGGCACCAGGUAAUCUGAGCAUACAGUAAGCGAUCUUAGUAUGGUUUAGAGAGAGAGACAGAGAGAGAGAAAGAGCAAUUCAGAGAUAUCUAGGUUAGAC